GGGGGCGGGGCGCCGUGCUGCACUCGGCUCCAGUGCGCGCUCCGACAGGGUGAUUACCGUGUCUCAGCGCCGGUCUCCGGUUCAGCUCCGCCUGCCUUUAGCCUCAUCUCAUCCUCACCGCGAACUUUAGUCCCCCGGUCGUUAUUCCGCUCAGCGGGGCACGGAUAUCCCGGAUUCAGGCCUCGGCUUUACUCGCUAGGUGAGCGAACGCUGGCAGAGUUAGCGAGUAGCGCGUGAGUUAGAGAAAGAGCGCUGCUCCUCCUCCUUCUGCUUCACUCUGGGCUCUACUGGGUCUCUGCGAAUUCGAAACAGGAUUCCGCGGCCGGUGGCUCACCGAAGUUAGCUUAGCGAGGACACCCUACGCAGAUCGCCGAGUGUAGAGCGGUACCGGUUCGUAAAUCUGUGCGAUGGGUUUACUGUCUCAAGGGUCGCCACUGAACUGGGCAGAGACCAAGAAGUAUGCCGACCACGUCCGAAAACACGGCAUCCUGCAGUUCGUCAACAUCUACAACAAAGUGAAGGACCGACAGAAGGAUGUGCUGAAAUGGGGCGACGAGGUGGAGUACAUGCUGGUAGAGUUGGACGACAAGAAUGAAAAGGUGCGUCUGGUUCUGAAUGGAAAAGAUGUUUUGGAGACACUUCAGGAAAAAGGCGAAAAGAUCAACCCAAAUCACCCGACCCUGUGGAGACCGGAAUAUGGCAGCUACAUGAUUGAGGGCACCCCGGGCCAGCCCUACGGGGGCACAAUGUCGGAGUUCAACACAGUAGAGGACAACAUGGGAAAGCGGAGGAGGGAGGCCUCCACAGUUCUGACAGAGAAUGAAACUCUCUGCACCAUUACAUCAUUUCCUAGGUUGGGUUGCCCAGGUUUUACAAAGCCGGAAUGUAAACCUACUCCUAUUGAAAAAGGAGUGUCCAAGUCCCUUUUCUUUCCUGAUGAGGCCAUCAACAGGCACCCCCGUUUCAGUACUUUGACAAGAAAUAUUCGUCACAGAAGGGGAGAAAAGGUGGUGAUCAAUGUACCAAUUUUUAAAGACAAGAACACCCCCUCUCCCUUUGUGGAGACAUUUCCUGAAGAUGAUGGGGAGGCAGCACGUGCAGUCCUCCCCGACCACAUCUACAUGGAUGCCAUGGGCUUUGGAAUGGGCAACUGCUGUCUGCAGGUCACAUUCCAGGCUUGCAGCAUCAGUGAGGCACGAUAUCUCUAUGACCAGUUAGCUACGUUCUGCCCUAUUGUGAUGGCGCUCAGCGCUGCAUCACCAUUUUAUCGUGGCUAUGUGUCAGAUAUUGACUGUCGCUGGGGUGUGAUCUCUGCCUCUGUGGAUGACAGGACUCGGGAAGAGAGGGGACUAGAGACUCUAAAAAACAAUAAAUUCAGGAUCCACAAGUCAAGAUAUGAUUCAAUUGAUAGCUACCUCUCUUGUUGUGGUGAGAAGUACAACGAUAUAGAGCUUACGAUAGAUGAGGAGAUCUACAAGCAGCUCCUUGAUGCAGGGAUUGACAAGUUGCUUGCACAACACAUUGCACACCUGUUUAUUCGUGACCCACUAUCACUCUUUGAAGAGAAGAUUCAUUUGGAUGAUGAGAAUGAGUCUGACCACUUUGAGAAUCUUCAGUCAACCAAUUGGCAGACCAUGCGGUUUAAGCCACCUCCUCCAAACUCUGACAUAGGAUGGAGAGUGGAGUUCCGUCCGAUGGAGGUGCAGCUAACAGAUUUUGAGAACUCUGCAUAUGUUGUAUUUAUCGUCCUUCUGACUCGUGUAAUACUGUCCUACAAGUUGGACUUCCUCAUUCCCUUGUCGAAGGUUGAUGACAACAUGAAAGUUGCCCAAAAGAGAAACGCAGUGCAAGAAGGAAUGUUUUAUUUUCGAAAGGAUAUCUUUAAAGGCUGCAACCCAGUCUUUGAAGCAGCUUCCACAGCAGCCCAGAAUGGAGUGGAGAAUGAUGGGGACAGUGAAGAGUAUAUACUGAUGAGCAUUGACACCAUCAUCAAUGGGAAGGAGGGAGUAUUCCAGGGCCUCAUUCCAAUUCUGAACUGCUACCUGGAGAACAUGGAGGUCGAUGUAGACACACGGUGCACCAUAUUGAACUAUUUGAAACUGAUAAAGAAACGAGCAUCUGGAGAAUUGAUGACCAUGGCCAAAUGGAUGAGGGAAUUUGUUGCCAAGCAUCCGCAGUACAAGCAGGACAGCAUCAUCACUGAUAAAAUAAACUAUGACCUGUUUCGGAAAUGUGAUCGAAUUGCUAAGGGGCAGGAGGGGUGCCCUGAACUGAUUGGAGAGCCAGUCAACAGAGGCAAAUAGAUGGUUCUUGUUAAUUUUCUUAAGUUACCUAUUAUGCAUGAAAACUAAAGACCAAAUUGUUUGAUUAAAAGAAGAGCGUGGUCCAGAUGAAAAUAACCAUAAGAGAUUAUAUUAAAAAGCAUGUAUUGAUUUAAGGGUUCAGUUGUAUGGCUGAGGUUGUAUAUAUCAGAUUUUUGUGAAUCUGAAACUUAUUUUAAUAAGAUCAAAUAUGUAAUUGAUACAUGCUGUGUAUAUAUUUCCCUUGUUUAUUGCUUUAGAGCCAGUGCUUAGUUGGUGUGAGGUGUAAAUUGUAGCAAACACUAAACUUUGUACAUUUAGGAAGGAUUUGUUUUUCUGAUUUGCUGCUGUAAAUGCUGUUCUUUCAACAAGUGUACUUUUUCUUUUCAUUAUCAUGGAAAAAAUUGUUGCCUCAUUGGCUUUAACUGCAUUGUCUUGAGUGACCUUUUAACAUAUUUUGUUUCAUGCUAAGAUUUUUUGCUUAAGGUUUGUUGUACAAAAACUGAAUUGUUGAUGUGUGCACAGCGGGAUUUUUUACAAAACGCAGACAUCUGACAACAAGACAAGUGAUUUGGUGCUGAACAGGUCUGUGUGAAACAUGUGACUUGUUACAAUUCAUUGUGCAUUAAAGCAGGCUAAUUGUGAUAGUGCACUUGGUAUCAAGUUUAAGAAA